ACUCAAUUCUACACUCCAUCCAAGACCAUGUUCUUCUCAAUGAAACCCAUUGUCGGCCUCCUCGCCCUCUCGAUGGUCGCCGUCGCCGCCCCCGCCGAGCACGUCGAGCGCUCUGCCGCCGACUCGCUCCAGAAGCGCGGCGACUGCUUCGGUGGCAGCUACGGAACCUGCUUGACCGAGUACUUUGAGCUGUUCUGCCUGGUGCAGUGUGUGUCUGACAACCUCAUUGCCGAGCAAGACUGCAAGAAUCAGUGUGAUGACGGGGCUUCUUCUUACUGUGAGGAGGAGUGUUAGUUGGGUAUCUACCUUGCUUGUCUAUAGUCUAGCUUAUACUUGAUCAUCCAUUAAGUUUGUUGAGUAUUGUUGAG